AUGGCGGGUUAUAACCCGCCGGGUGGCAGCGACCCCAAUAGCUUGCAUGUAAUGCUUGCCCGCAUGCAAGCUCAACGCAAUGCGCAAAACGUUGAUGAUUCUGGCAUUAGCCACGACCUUCUGUCUCGAUUCGCGUCUUACAGCAACCAGGGUACAUUGAAUGCACAAGAUUUCUACGGCCGCUCCGCCGUUCAAUCCCCUUUGACUGGUUUGGACGAAUUUCCACCACCUGCUCCAACACCACCGAGCAACAAUUUUAGUCACUCGCACCAUCCUACUGGCCCAGUGGGACUGGGCCCCAUUGGUAGCAUGCCCUCCAAUACCAAUACUUCCCACAAAGGUGAUCAGAGUACCAAUCUUCUCAAUCUUCUCAAGUUCAGUGGACAGAAUACUCAAGCACCGUCUCACCCCUCACCGCUGGGCCAUGAUGCCGAAGUGUCUUCCUUCGAUGCGCCAUCCAACCUAUCUCAUCCCAACAAUCCGCCACCUAUCCACGCCCCCGUACCUAUGCCUGCUGAUCCUCAAGGCCUACUAGCUACUCUUAUGAAGGGAAACAUGCAGAAUGAGUCUUCUCGAGCUGAGCCUCAAGCCUCGGCCGCUCAGCCAACGUGGAAUGAGGGUCCGCCCCCGGCCGACACCCAGGCAUAUCUGCUCAAUUUAUUACACCGACCGAAGCCUGCGCAGAACGACCAACCGGCUUCAGCGAAUGGCGAGUCUAAGCCUCCGACGUUGACACCUCAGUCAGCAAACGAUACCUUGGUGGAUCAUGCGCGGGAAUACAUUCGUCACAAGGGAUAUCCCGAGAGUGCUUCAAACGAAGCAACUCCCAUGCCUUUCAGAUUUGGAGCAAAGGACCGUGGUGAUUCACCCUCGGCAAAGUUCGAGUAUCAUUCUCCUACUUCUCAGGCAUCUCGUCACGGCAGCCUUAGAUCUGCUAAAUUUGAUUAUACCAACCCUAUCGACGACUUUGGUACGGGUUCUCCCCAUCAUGCUACAUCGAAGAAUUCAACGCCAGGGGCUUCAGGUCCCAUCGGACAAAUGCCGACUGAACUUCCCGCAGCCACAUCCUUUAAAGUGCCCAAGAAGAGUCCUAGUGCGGCCUCUUCGCCCGGGUUCCUUCAGGAUCAUAAACGACUUAGUAGCCAGCGAAGCCCAGGAGCAAGUCCUGAGCAUUUCAGACGAAAGAUUGACGAUUCCCCUCAUUCUUUUGCUGAGAAAGAAAAUGUCCCUCCAACGACCACUGGUUUCGAGCCUGGCAAGGAGAAGACUACUGAGACAGUCUCGGAGGCGAUUACCGGACUAGCCGAACAGGCUGACAAGGAAGCCCAGGAAGCAAUACAGAGAGCUGAGAAAGAAGAGGUACGAGCCAGGAUUAGUGCUGAACUUGAUCUCAUGAUGAGGGCCGAAACUGACGCUGAAUUCCAGGAUUCGGCCGAAAUAGUGGCGAAGGACAUAAAGAAGGAGCUUGAUAAGAAGGAGAACGCUCACGUCCUCGAGGACACGUACCCACCCGUAGUCGCGCAAGCCAUCCGCGACAUUGUUGAUGACGCUGCCCACGGCCCAGUUGCAGACAGCUGGGAGAGCGCCGAGGCUGACGAAAUCAUCGUGAUUGAAGAAUCGUCAAGUCCCGUGAAGGUGUACAAUUUUCCCAUGAAGCCAUGGAUCUCCAUUACGAUGCAGGAGACAGAGGACUCUCGUCCCCUGUUCCGUGACGAGGCGAUUCUCGACAUUGCUCGCCUCAAAAAGGAGUUUGAUCAAAUUGACCGCAAUCUUAUCGCAGCUUCUGAGUCGUACAUGGUUUAUGGCAUGUCUAAGGCUGGUGGACUCCGUGUGAUUCGGCAGGACGACGGUAAGGACGCGAAACUAUUCACUGACACCAGAGAUCGCAUCUUUAAUGUAGCCAUAUCGUCGACUUCGCCUGAUCUGAACAUGACGCCCAAAGAAUCCAUCAUCGGCACUGGUAUCAGUGGCACUGUUUACUACGUCCAGUUAAGAAAUGGGGAUAAGGACCAUCUGGAUGAUGCUCACCCGGAACAGUACGGAUUCGCUCUUCCGCCGGUAACGAUUUCCCACGAAGGAGGCGGCGAUAACGGCGGCGUCUUGAAAACUCGAGCUAGGACCUCGUCAGCCCAUCCAGACUUCUUCGCCGUUGGACGUGGAAAGACAAUUAACAUCAUCUGGCCGUCCUACGUCAUGCAGAACAACAUGUUUAAACCUGGUCACGAUCGCGUUGUUGACACUGAGAGACUUUAUAAGGAAUGCUCUCUCAGGAUCAGCACGGGUAAGGCCGGUAAAGAUUUUACCUUCAGUCAAGAUGACACUACCAUUGUGUCUCUCGACAAGUCUGGUCGUGUGAAGUUCUGGGAUGUGCGAGAUCUUACAGCCGUUGACGAGAAUUCCGACUCUCGGUCUCCCAUUCCCGCCUACACUUCGCUUGAGGUUAAGGACCCACUGAUGACACUGAACACCACACCAGAAGGCGAGAAAGCAUGGCCAACCUCUGUGUUAUUGCUGGAUAAGCAACGGCCAUACCAGAAGGGGUUGGCUUUACGCUACAUGAUUGUAGGCAUGAAGCAGAAUCACACUCUUCAGCUGUGGGAUCUUGCUCUGGGCAAACCGGUGCAGGAGUUCAACUUGCCCCAUGCUAAGGAGUCGGAUCCAGUAUGCAGCGUUAUGUAUCAUCCACCUUCAGGCAUGAUCAUAGUCGGCCAUCCCACCCGCAACUCCAUUUACUUCCUUCACCUGUCGGCGCCAAAGUACACGAUUAAGGGUCUGUCUCAAGUCGAUUAUAUCCAGAAACUGGUGGUGAAGGACUCCUCCAUUCAGGAACCCGACUCGACCGCGGUCAUUAGUGGUGUGCGCGAGUAUUCAUUUGCUAACAAAGGCGUGCUUCGAAGUGUUGACAUAUUGGGAAACCCUGCUGCUAAUUCCGACACGGACGAACAAGCUCUCUUCGAGCUAUAUGCGAUGCACUCUAAGGGUGUGACCGGAAUCGUUGUGAAGCAAAGCGAGCUUGGCUGGUCUAAGGAAAACAAGGUUCUGAACGGCGUUGAUGCAGCCGAAGCAGGCCUAGUCAAGAUCUCAAAGCUCAAGGAAUUGCCUAGUGCGCUAGUCUCGGAGCCGCAGGCCGCAGACGAUCUCAGUCUACCAGUUCGGCUCCGCUCCGUCAAGGAAACGCCUCCACCCCAGGUUUCUUCUGCACCCUCUGUCCAGGAACCAACUCGGAAGGGUGGUGACAACACAACUCCUGCUGGACAGCCUGAGCGGAAGGAAGCUGCGCCCGUUACUCCGAUGGACAAAUCGGAAAAGAAAACUAGGCGAAAGCGAGAGAAAACUGCUGCCGCUGAGAAACUGGCUGUAGAAAACACGCAGUCUAAUGGUAGCUCUCACUCUCCGCGCAUCGACACAAAGCAUGCCGAGACUAAGUCAUCUGCACCAUCACUCCAGCCGGUGAUGUCGCAGGAGUCUAUUCAAUCCACCGUCAAACAAAUCGUAUCUAGCCUCGGCGAAAAGCUGAGUGGGGUUCUUACCGGCGAAUUCAAGGACCAUCGUGGCAUUGUUGACACAGAAUUCCGCCUUCGCGAUGAUAAGUUUUUCAAGAGUCAACAAAUUUUGCUUGAUAAAGUAUCCGAUGUCCUAGACGAAAAUGUGCAAGCUGUUCUUACUAGAACCAUUAGCGACCAGUUUGAAAUGAACGUUGUUCCGGUAUUGAGCAGUCUGAUUACUAAAACCAUAUCGGAGCAGAUCGAUGGUAAGAUGAUCGGUCGAGUUUCGCAUGCCAUUCAGAAUCAGAUGCAGAAGCUCAUUCCAAAUGCGGUCAACCAAGCCCUUCAGAAGCCCGAGUUAACGAAGGCCAUAUCUGACAAGGUCGCGAACACUGUUGCUUUGGAUCUGGAGAAGAGCCUCCAGCAAUCCCUUGUAGCCACCCUUUCCCCUAUCAUUAACGACACAGCUGUUACGGCCUCUCGCUCAAUUGUGGAGGAAAUACAGGAUAGACAUGCCGAGCAGCUUGCUGAGCUAGAGCAGCAACACCUUGCCGAUAGCAAUAAGAUUGACCAACUCACUUUACUGGUGACUCGUCUUUCUGAAUCAAUAACCGCCAUGUCGAACACGCAGGCGCAAAUCCAGGAUGCGUUGCAUAAGAUGCAACAAGCACAGCAACAGUCUCCUCGUGACCGCGCCCCUGCCGCGCAGCCUCAACCAGCACAGUCGCACCGUGCCCCAUCCCUACAAUCACAACCGUAUUCGUUCGAUAGUCCUCAGGCGGGCUCCCUUCAGAUGGUCCCAGCUCCGCAGGCUAACUCGAACACACGAGACUCCUCGGGCAUGAGAGAGGCUUCACACGCUCGGACCGCCGAGGUUCAACAUAUGAUUGCCGCUGUCGCAUCCGCCAUCGAGAGGGGCGAGUUCGAAGCCGGCUUAAUUCGAUGGAUUCAAGAUGGUCGCGAGCCUGAGGUUUUCAAUGAAUACCUUGCCAAGCUGAACCCUCGGUUCCUCCACCGCUUGCCAUCUCUAGUUUCGCUCUCCGUAGCGUCCGUUAUUGCCGAACAGUUCCAAGGCCCUUUUCUUAGAGAGAAGCUAGACUGGGUCGAGACGGUCCUUCACAUACUGCACAACGCUUUACCACAAAUUGAUCCUCAGGUUCGCGCUGUGGUUCCUAACCUCAUGCGUUCCUAUGUCGAACGCUUCGAGCAAUUGUACACGCAAAUCGCUAGCCGAGCCCCCUCCGACCCCUUGCUAUCACGUCUCUCUUCGAUGAGUACUUUAGCAAAUCAAAUCCGAGACGGUGUCCGCAUUUCCAACUCAAUCGGCUAUUAA